AUGCCAAUCCGCUCGACACAGUCAUCUGCACUCUCGCUAUCGCACCUUCCUUGCUUAUCUUUGUUGCUCGCGCCACAACAGGGCGGAUCAAAAUAUCCCUGGUCCAACGGCAGGAUCGUUGCAUCGUUCGUUUUCUUUGGCAUCUUGAUCAUAUCCUUUGUCGCUAUCCACAUUUGGAAAGGGGCCCUGGAUGCCACAGUGUCCCCUCGGAUCUUGAUGCAACGUAGCAUCAUGGCCGGCACGUGCUUUGGAAUCUCCUCGGGCGGCGCCGUCUUCCUCUUCGUCUACUACAUCCUACUGCAUCCCCAAAUGAUCCUUGGCCUCGGCGUUUCUGCUGGACGUACCACUCAAUAUGGCUACUACACUCCAGUCAUCUUUCUCUUUGCCGUUCUGAUGGCCGUAGGGUCCGGUCUGCUCACCACCCUAAAGAUCGGUACCAAUACAGGGACAUGGGUAAGCUACCAGCUCGUUCUCAGGCUUGGUUCAGGUGCUGGCUUCAAUCAGCCCGUAUUGGCCGCUCAAACGGUCUUCGGCUCGGCUACAUGA